AUGACCGAGACUGAUCAGCAGGCUUUGCUCCAAUACAAAGCUCAUCGUCCACAAACCUGGGCGGAACCAGCCCGCAAACGGCGUCCCGGCAUUACCUUCUUACAAGCGCUGUGGAGAUUCCACUAUGCCAACCAGCUCAGUACCGGUUUGGGUUAUUGGUCUGAGGAAGCCAAGAACGAUGCGCAGGAAGCUCUGGAAGACGAUAUGCAAUGGAAGGCAUAUCAACGCGAUAUUGAAGAGAACGCGGGCACGGAUAAUGACGACAAGAUCGAUGUCGGCAAGUUUACCUCAACCCGAUCGUUUCAGCUCCGCAUCAGCAACGAAAUACCCACGGACCUGACUCAAGGUGAUAUAUCACCUGAGGAUCCUGAAUCGUCUGAGCAUUCUGAAUCGCCCGAGGGUCCUAUGUCGUCUAGGACAAGAACAAAGUUAACCAAAGGGGGACCUCCAACGGCACCGGUAGAAAACUUACCAGCGGUUGAAACUAUGCCCGACGCUGAGACGCGGAGCAACGAUACUCGCAAUGAUACUGAUUCUACGCAGGGGGCACGGAGCGCAACUGCUCAAACAGGUAAUACCACGGCUGGCGGACUAUCCUUCUUCUCUGCGGCGCAUCCCGACUCAGCAAAACACGUGUUCGCCCGAACAAAGGACGAGGAAACCGUGAACAUGGCUCUUGUGAAUUUCCUCGACGUGAUGAGCUAUUACUGCAAGAAAGUAAGGAAGCUGCGAUGGGAUCUGGACAGACAAAAUGUGACCGUCACUGUGGGAAAGGCUACGAUUGUAGCAAGGACAGAUGGCCGCUUGUCCAAACGAGCUGCACCAAGUGACAGUCAGAACUUCGCCAUUGUAGAAGUAAAACCGUUCAUCUUGCGGGAGAACCCCGAUAAGACCCUGAUGCAAAUGGGAAUGGAGAUGGUAGCAUGGAUCGGCCAAUCUAUCCAUGACGGUAAAGAAGUCUCUCCGUACAUCUUGAUAAGCCAGCACCGACAAGAGGUCUUCGUUACGUUCGCAAAACCCGGCGACGGCUAUAAGAAAUAUCUGGAGAAGAAUGGUCCCGACUCAAUGACUCCAGAGGAGAGUGACUUUCUGAGAUUGCAUUGCUUUGGUCCCUUCGACAUCUUUGAUGCGAAGCCCAUCCGCACCCACCAUACCCCUACAUCACAGCAACGGCUGGAACGUGCUGAAGCUGAAGGCUUAAGGCUGCAAGAACUGGUCGGUGAUAGUGACGCCCUCUAUCAAGAGGAAGUCCUUAAGGUCGAACAGAAAUACAAACAGGCCUUGAAAGCAAAGGACAAGGAGGCAGACACCCUGAAGCACCAAAUUAAGGAAUAG